UUGAUUUGUGUAGUAACAACAAUAUAAUUAUAAUUGUAACCAUUUUAAUGGUUUAGUAACUUCAAUGGCUUAACUAUUAAUUGUGUUAAUACAACAGCUGAUCCAAACAAUUGACCCAUCAUGCCUGAUGCACCCAAACAUCACGAGGACCCCACUCUUGAGAGACAUUUUAAAGGUCACAAAGAUGCUGUCACGUGUGGAGAUUUUAGUCCCAACAAUAAGCAGCUGGCCACAGGAUCCAGUGACAGGACUCUGAUGGUGUGGAAUCUAAACCCAAAAGCAAGAGCGUUCAGAUUCGUUGGACAUAAAGAUGUCAUAACUGCUGUCCAGUUCUCUCCGUCUGGGGACUUGGUGGCAUCUGCAUCCAGGGACAAAACGGUGCGAUUAUGGGUGCCGAACAUUAAAGGAGAGUCAACCGUCUUUAAAGCGCACACAGCUACAGUACGCAGCGUGAGCUUCUCAGCUGAUGGACAGAGACUGGUCACUGCCUCAGAUGACAAAUCAGUAAAAGUGUGGAGUGUGCAUCGGCAGAAAUUCAUCUACUCGCUCAACCAACACACCAACUGGGUGCGCUGUGCCAGAUUUUCCCCGGAUGGGCGGCUGGUGGCAUCAUGUGGAGAUGAUAGGACAGUUCGUCUGUGGGACACAUCCACUCGUUUGUGCAUCAAUACUUUCACUGACUAUGGCGGACCAGCAACAUUUGUGGACUUUAACAGCAGUGGUACUUGUAUUGCAUCCUCGGGAGCAGACAACACACUGAAAAUAUGGGACAUUCGAACAAACAAACUCAUCCAACAUUAUCAAGUCCACAGUGCAGCAAUCAACUGCUUUUCCUUCCACCCUUCUGGGAACUACCUGAUCAGUGGCUCCAGCGACAGCACAGUGAAGAUCCUUGACCUGCUGGAGGGAAGGCUCAUCUACACUCUGCAUGGUCACAAAGGUCCAGUAUUGACAGUGGCAUUCUCUCGAGCAGGAGAUCUUUUUGCCUCCGGUGGAGCAGAUUCUCAGGUUCUGAUGUGGAAGACCAAUUUCGAUGUGCUGGAUUACAGGGAGAUGUUAAGUAGACACAGCAAGAGAGUAACUCCAGAUCCUCCUCCUCACUUGCUGGACAUCUAUCCCAGGUCCCCACACGCCCACCAUGCCCGAAAUGGAACUGUUGAGAUCAACCCUGUUGUCGCUGACAUCCACUCAACCGAUCCACAUGUGGUGGAGAUAGGAGAGAUUCCUUAUUCCACAACAAAAGUAAGUGGACAUCCAGUUCAGUUCCCGAGAUACAGAGAUCUUCCCAGCACCAGCGGUGGCUCAGUUUUUACCCAGAUCCACCCACAACAGGAAGAGGAAGACGAGGAGGAGGAGGAGGAGGAAGCACAGAGGCCAGGAAUCUUGGAAAGGCUUGAGGAGCGCUCCGGACCCCCACCGGCUUUGAGGAGCACUUUGGAGCACAUCGUUCAACAGCUGGAUAUUUUGACUCAGACGGUGGCUGUUCUGGAGGAGCGUCUCACUCUGACGGAGGACAAGCUAAAAGAGUGUCUAGACAACCAGGCUGUUUUUCUGCACCAGAUGCAUCACCAAGAGGAGCCCAACGACCGGAGGAGCGCUGAAGGACCGGCGCUUUGACACGCGCCUCAUCUCUGAUGCACGGCGCUCCCUACUUUCAGGGGUCACUGACUUUAAUCUGAAAUAAAGAAUGGACACAGAA